UUGUAAAGUAAAACAAGCAAUCCUAGCAACCGCCUACCGUUGUGUGCGCGUGUGUUUGUGUAUUGGUGUGUUUCGUUCUGUGUACAAGAGUGUAAAUAUAUAUAUAUAUAUGUGCCGGUGCAACCGCAAUCAGCCGGGAAAGUCGAAAGCAUAACGGGCGAUAAUUAUGGAAUUAAUCACUAGCAUAAGCGCCAACAGCACAUCCAGUGGUUGGCGGUCUAAUAAUGUCCCAUCGUCUGGAGUAGUGCGAAGAUCGAAACCAACCAUUAUGCAUCCAUUAGCAACCGUUAUGCUGCUGGUGAUGCUGGCGUUCAGCCACGUGCAGAGGCCCGUGCUGGCGAACGCACAACCACCAACCGAGAAGAUCCCAUUAGGUGCAAUUUUUGAGCAGGGUACGGAUGAGAUCCAGUCUGCAUUCAAGUUUGCGAUGCUUAAUCAUAAUCUCAACGUUACUGCGCGGCGGUUCGAACUACAGGCGUACGUUGACGUCAUCAACACGGCGGAUGCAUUCAAGCUCUCCAAGCUGAUUUGCAAUCAAUUUUCACGCGGCGUGUUCGCAAUGCUUGGAGCCGUCUCGCCGGAUUCCUUCGACACGCUGCACUCGUACAGCAACACCUUCCAGAUGCCGUUCGUGACGCCCUGGUUCCCGGAGAAGGUUCUCACACCGUCGUCCGGCUUUCUCGACUUCGCUAUCAGCAUGCGGCCCGACUACUAUCAGGCCAUCAUCGAUACGGUGCGCUACUACGGCUGGGAUAGGAUCAUCUACAUGUACGACUCGCACGACGGCCUAUUGCGGCUGCAGCAGAUCUACCAGGGACUGCGGCCGGGCAACGAAACCUUCCACGUCGAGACGGUCAAGCGGAUAGCGAACGUGAGCGAUGCGAUAGAGUUCCUGCGCACCAUCGAGGAACUGAACCGGUGGUCCCGGAAGCACAUCGUCCUCGACUGCAGUACCGAGCUGGCCAAGGACAUCGUGGUCAGUCACGUCCGGGACAUCACGCUCGGCAAGCGCACCUACCACUAUCUGCUGAGUGGGUUGGUGAUGGAUGAUCGUUGGGAGAGUGAAGUUAUCGAGUACGGAGCAAUCAAUAUCACCGGCUUCCGUAUCGUCGAUACGAGCAAAAAGUACGUCAAGGAGUUUCUUGAUGGAUGGAAGCGAUUAGAUCCGACCACAUCGCAGGGCGCCGGCAAGGAACUGAUCUCGGCCCAGGCGGCCCUCAUGUACGAUGCCGUGUUCGUGCUGGUGGAGGCGUUCUCCAAGAUUAUGCGCAAAAAGCCGGACCAGUUCCGAGCGUACACGAUGCGUAAUCGGGGCCAACCGUUCAACCUUCCCACCAACGGCACGCGAACACUGGACUGUAACACCUCCAAAGGUUGGGUCACCCCGUGGGAGCACGGUGAUAAAAUUUCCCGCUACCUGCGCAAGGUGGAAAUCUCGGGCCUCACCGGUGAUAUCAGAUUCAACGAGGACGGCAAACGCCAGAACUACACGCUGCACGUGGUCGAGAUGACGGUGAAUAGCGCGAUGGUGAAGGUGGCCGAGUGGUCGGACGAAGGUGGACUGGCGCCGGUCGUCGCCAAGUACACCCGACUCAAGACGGACAUGCAUUACGAGCGGAACAAGACGUACAUCGUGACGACCAUCAUCGAGGAGCCGUACAUCAUGCUGCGACAGCCGGAACCGGGCGAGACGCUGGAGACGAACGAGCGCUUCGAGGGCUACUGCAAGGAUUUGGCCGAGCUGCUGGCGAAAAAACUCGGCAUCAACUACGAGCUGCGGAUAGUGAAGGAUGGUCAGUACGGUUCGGAAAACCCCGACGUCAAGGGUGGCUGGGACGGAAUGGUGGGCGAACUCGUCCGGAAGGAGGCCGAUUUCGCGAUCGCCCCGAUGACCAUCACGUCCGAGCGCGAGCGCGUCAUCGAUUUCAGCAAACCGUUCAUGUCGCUCGGCAUUUCCAUCAUGAUCAAACGGCCGGUCAAGCAGAAGCCGAGCGUAUUUAGCUUCCUCAAUCCGCUUUCCAAAGAGAUCUGGGUGUGCGUUCUGUUCAGCUACGUCGGUGUCAGCAUCGUCCUGUACAUCGUGUCACGCUUUUCGCCCUUCGAAUGGCGACUAGUUAACUUACCACAACCGGAUAUGUCAGGCGAACAACCGGACGCAGUGCCACAGGCGACGGUAAAUGAGUUUAGCAUUCUGAACUCAUUCUGGUUCGCUCUGGGCGCCUUCAUGCAGCAGGGCUGCGACAUCUCGCCGCGCUCGAUCUCGGGCCGGAUCGUCGGCUCGGUCUGGUGGUUCUUCACGCUCAUCCUAAUCUCGUCCUACACGGCCAACCUGGCCGCCUUCCUGACGGUCGAGCGCAUGGUCACGCCAAUCAACUCCCCGGAGGAUCUGGCCUCGCAAACCGAAGUCCAGUACGGCACGUUGAUUCACGGCUCGACCUGGGACUUCUUCCGGAAAUCACAAAUCUCCCUGUACAGCCGCAUGUGGGAGUACAUGAACUCCCGCAAGCACCUAUUCGUCAAGACGUACGACGAGGGCAUCCGGCGGGUGCGCACGUCGAAGGGCAAGUACGCGCUGCUCAUCGAGUCACCGAAGAACGACUACACCAACGAACGGGAGCCGUGCGACACGAUGAAGGUCGGGCGGAACCUGGACGCGAAAGGGUUCGGCAUUGCCACGCCCUUGGGCUCACCGCUAAGAGAUCCAAUCAAUCUUGCAGUGCUGUCGUUGAAGGAGAACGGCGAGCUAACCAAGCUGUUGAACAAAUGGUGGUUCGAUAGGACGGAAUGCAAACACUACGACAAGCAGGACGCGUCACGAAACGAGCUGUCGCUCAGCAACGUCGCCGGCAUCUUCUACAUCCUCAUCGGCGGUUUGCUGGUCGCGCUAGCGGUGGCGCUGGUUGAGUUCUGCAUGAAAAGCUCCAACCGGUCCAGCAACCGCAUACCGCUCUCCGACACGAUGACCUCGAACUCAAACUCCAAAAACCGGCUCACGAUGCCACCGGCGGCCCGGGAGUAUGACAACGGUCGCAUCGGGUACUACACCCCGGCGACGCACACCGAUCCGGAUCCGAUCCACGCCAACUCGCACACGCAGGUUUGAUGUAAGGAGCCGCCGGAGCUGCGCCUAUGACGUCCACCGUACGCGCCCACCAUCCGACAGAUCGUGGCCAACAGCCGGCACGAUGCGUCCACGUUGCUGAAGCGCGAAAACGUCCCCGGCGGUGUGCCUCCGGUAGUGCAUGAUAAUUCCUGUCUAUAAGCAUAGCAUCCCCGGUAAACAAUGCCACAAACUUUCCUUCCUCUCCCCGUGGGCCGCUUUGACUCUGGACCAAUCGCUAGAAAUUGCCAGCCCCUGGGGAUCCAUAGUCAAUGCGGCCUGCGAGGGGAAACCAUCUUACUGUUCUUCGUGGUUCCCUUGACAACGGGGAGCCUACCAAGCUCAAAUAUCAAUGGAGGAGCUUAAGCGGUUUAUAGACCGAAAUGUCAAAAGAAUGACGCAAACAAAAAAAAACAUACAAAACAACUGAGUUGUUCUCAGUCCGUCGUGUGGGUGGCGUGAUGUUGUACAUAGAUUAGGAAUUAUCAAUAUCUUAACCCUUUGUUAGUGUUCCGCUCCGUUCUGUUUUCGUCCCCGAAAGUGAACGACGUUAAGUUUUUCCGUUACGAGAUAAUCAAAUUACUAGCAGUAAGCAGGUGGCAACGCGGCACGGGUUUAAACAUAACUACUACGGGGAAGAAGGAAAACAAAAAAAAACAAUACUGCUCCGGUGGAAUUUGUGUUUAAAUGUGCAACUGUGAAGCGAACCGUUUUCCAAUCGCAAGUUAGGAAAGGAAUUGCAAAACGAACGAGGUGGUGGGCGCUCGUUUGCCCUGUAGUUAAAUCAUUAUAUCGAUAGGCGAUAUCGAAAUGGAUUGUAUGGAAGGGUGUAGGUAAGUAUUACAAGUAUUGCUACAAGCGAUCGCAAGCAAAAGGGCGCAUGAAAGGGUACCUAGAACUGAGCAGUGAAACACACAGUGCAGGCGACUGAAAACCAGUGCAAAAAUACAUAGUACCGAACCAUUGCACAACCAACCCACUAGGAUAACGGUCACAGCAACUAAACGGAAACUUAUGAAAACAAUCUCGGUUCGUUCUAACUAUCUUGGUAAAAACAGCAAACAGAAACCUUUCAAAAAUCAAACAAACAUACCAAAUCAAAUCAUCUACUAAGGCGAGAAAGCUGGAAUUAAAAUCAAAAAAUCAAACAAAUCAACCAAAAACCGGACGGGCCGAUCCGUGGGACGGAGAAUGAAUGUUUUUUCCCCCCGGGCGGCUAAUAGCGUUACAGACUGGUGUAAGCAAACUUACCGUUCUCUUAAUAACUCUCUGUACUACUCUAUUCUAAAUAAAACAGAAGACUAACGUGACUCCAAGCGGUGAGCAUAGAACGAUCAAACAAACAACAAAAACCCUGGCAAAGAAACCGGUGGAACAUACACACGAAACAACGCAAUCGGAAAUGUAAUAGAAGGCAACACAACAUGUAAAGCAUUACAGAAACUAGGACUGUUUUCAUUUCGAUUUUUAAAUAAAUCACAACAACAGGUAGCUUAGCUAAUCCGGACUGGGCAGCAAACGAGUGUGAUCCGAAUGGUUCGCGCACCGGUCACAUUGGGCUGUUAAAUGAAGGUGAGUGAGAUAGAACAUAAACUUCAGUACUUAAUCAGCAAACAGGUGGCUCGAAACAGGACAGAAACAAUCGGAAUUUAAGCAUGCACCAUAGCGAGGGAAGCAUCCAAUGGGGCUGGAAGUAGUAGACAGUGGGUCAAAACCACCUACACCUACACCAUCAUUCGUUCCGUGGCAUCAUCAUGGCCCCAGUAAGCUAAAAGAAGUAAAAAAAAACAACAGCGAGUGAUCCAAAAUCUGUAUAGAAUAAGAAGGCUAAGAAUAUUGACUAAACCUAAGCUAUUAAAAGAGAAGAGAUAAACUAACGAAAUAAAUAAAUCACGUCAAGCCAUGUAACUAGUAACUUAUCCUAAAAAAAAAAACAAACAAACACAAACCAACCACACACACACACACAAACGCAGCCAAAAGCAGCAGUCCACCAUGCAUACACGGCAAAAGGACCGGCUAGGCCAGAGCAUGUUCUAUGUUUGUGCGUAAAUAGUAGGCGAUGCGAUAUCACCUACAUCAGUGUGUAAACGUUUAGCAGUACCGCAGUGACCGGCAUUGAAACAUAGGCAUACAACCUAACACAUACACACAUAAACAUAAACUACUACACCAAGGUGAAUACAGCAAAAAAAAACACGAUGGAUUUAAAGAAAACAAAAAAAAAAACGAACAAAACAACCCAACAAAACAAAGCUGUUCAAUAACUAUGCUAGUCGGUAAGCAGCAAUUCGAUCUAUACAGGAAAAUACCAUUUGGUUGAUUUUCGGUUUUUGCGAUUCACCAAAAGGUCCGAUUGAAGCGACGGCGAAUGUGCACGAUUCGAACACGGUACAGUUUUCUCCCGAUGCGUUACCAAUUUAUGUGACUGUUGUGUUAGUUAACAGAAGAAUGACAGACUUACCAUACAAUGCCAACCCCCAAAAACCAAACCAGUAUGCCAAAACGCACGGACAGUGCGGCGAAACUGGCUGUAACGUGUGGACAGCAAACCGAAACGAGGAUAAAACAAAGAAUCAUGCAAAGAAAAUUACGAAAAUUUGUUGAGAUCGUUUGAAAAUAAAAAUCGAAUUCCA